AUGCAAGUAUCGGAUAGUGAACAGUGUGUUGGCAGGAAGCAGAGCGCUAGCGAUCUACAAAGUCGACUGAAGACUCGUAAGUUGUUGGGCGUCGGUGAAUUGGUUGGCGACAAUGGAGACAUCUAUCGUUCAAAGAUCUCACAGUUACUCGGUAUUAAUGAGAGUCUAUACGUGCGUCUCCCACGAGGACUUCUCCAUUGGAAUACGGCGAUUACGAUUUAUAUAUAUAUGUCCGGUAUCGUGUGCCUCGUAGCACCCGCAUUUGGUAGCUAUAUAGAAUUUGGCUACUCACCUCCACCCGAAGAAAUGUUAAGUGUUCGAAUGUAUGGCGCGGCGAUGUUCGCAUUUGGCUUGCUGUUCCGUGGAUUGUUAGUGCUAAAGGACGCACGAUCGGAAAUCUCAACGUUACUGCUCUCGUGUGCAACACUCUUUUCGCUGCAGUUUACAGUUGCUCUCCUACAUGGGCAUCUCAACUUUGUGCUGGCAGGCUUUCGAGCUGCAGGAAUAAUUGGCAGUCUUGUCUAUCAGUCGCUGCUCGAUACUCAGGUUCGCUGCUUAUUUUAG